CUUGAACACAAAGCCAAAGCAGCGAAAGGAGGAUAAUGGUUCCUUCCAGAUUUUCCGUUCUUUCAAUACUUGUAGUUCUUGUGUUAACACCAUCUCGGAUGGGUUCACAUCCUAUUCAGGAUCAGGAUAGGUUUCUACAGUGUCUAUCUAGAAAUUCUGAAUCGUCCAUUCCUUUUUCCACUGUCUUGUAUUCUCCUAUUAACUCUUCCUUCACCGCUAUUUUACGUUCUUCUGCUCAAAACCUCAGGUUUACAUUGCCUUCCCUGCCGAAACCUGAGUUUAUCUUUACUCCUUUGGAAGAAUCUCACAUUCAAGCUGCUGUAAUUUGCUCAAAACAGCUUGGAAUCCACCUUAGAGUCCGCAGUGGAGGCCAUGACUAUGAGGGACUCUCUUAUGUUUCUGAAACUGAUACACCUUUCGUUGUUGUUGACAUUGCUGAGCUUCAUUCUAUUAGUGUUGAUAUCGACAAUAAUAGUGCAUGGGUUCAGGCAGGUGCCACAAAUGGUGAACUCUACUACAGAAUUGCUGAGCAAAGCACAACUCAUGGCUACCCGGCUGGUACCUGCACAAGUUUAGGUAUUGGUGGGCACAUUACAGGAGGUGCAUAUGGCUCCAUGAUGAGAAAAUAUGGGCUUGCUGUAGACAAUGUCAUUGAUGCGCGUAUAAUUAACGUUCAUGGAAGAGUUCUUGAUCGACAAACUAUGGGAGAAGAUCUAUAUUGGGCAAUUAGAGGAGGUGGAGGAGGCAGCUUCGGAAUAAUUACUGCUUGGAAGGUAAAAUUGGUUCCAGUACCAUCAACUGUGACUAUAUUUACAGUUACCAAGUCCUUAGAGCAAGGUGCUACUAAGCUCUUAUUUAGAUGGCAACAGGUUGCUGAUAAACUUGACGAGGAUCUCUUCAUCAGAGUCAAUAUACAGACAGUUAAUGUCAGUAACAAAGGUGGAAGGACUAUAACGACUUCCUAUGAUGCCUUGUUUCUUGGUGAUGCCAACAGACUUCUCCAAGUAAUGCGAGAAAGCUUUCCUGAACUGGGUUUGGCAAGACAGGACUGUAUCGAAACAAGCUGGAUCAAUUCUACUGUAUAUCUUGGUGGCUACACCAUCAAUACAUCUCCUGAAGUUUUACUUCAAAGAAGAAAUAUAUUGAAGCACUACUUCAAAGCCAAGUCAGACUUCGUUAGACAACCUAUACCUGAAACUGCUCUCAAAGGGUUAUGGGAAAUAAUGUUAGAAGAAGACAAUCCAGCUAUAGUUCUUACCCCUUAUGGUGGAAACAUGGGCAAAAUUUCCGAAUCUCAGACUCCUUUCCCUCAUAGAAAAGGUACCUUGUUCAUGAUCCAGUACUUGGCCAAUUGGCAAGAUGCGAAAGAAAAUGUUAGAAAACAUACCGAUUGGACUAGGAUGGUUUACAGGUACAUGAAACCUUAUGUUUCCAUGUUUCCAAGACAAGCAUAUGUCAAUUACCGGGACCUUGAUUUGGGAAUAAACAAGGAGACGAACACAAGCUUUCCAGAAGCAAGUGUUUGGGGCACUAAGUACUUCAAGGAUAACUUCUACAGACUGGUACGGGUGAAGACCAAAGUUGAUCCUGACAACUUCUUCAGGCAUGAACAGAGCAUCCCAACUCUUCCACAUCAUAUGAGGAAAAGAAAUUGAAGAGACAUUGGUCAAGGACAGAGAAAGGUUCCUUGGAGGAUCACAGUAGUGUCUAGUUUCUGACCUCAAUUUCUUUCAAUAGUUUAUCUUUCUAGAUUAUGUUAAAUAAAAGUUGUUGAUGCUGCAGUAAGAUGUUGCAAGAAAGUACAUACUCGAUAUGAUUUUAGUGAUGUUGAACUUUUCUAUGUUGCAUAA